AUGUGGUCCCAGAUGAACCAACCUCCCGAAAGUCAAUGUGGUUACAGAGGAACCAACCUCACUGAAGUUCUAUGUGGUCCCAGAGGAACCAACCUACACGAAAGUCAAUGUGUUUACAGAGGAACUAACCUCACUGAAAUUCUAUGUGGUCCCAGAGGAACCAAACCUCCCCUGAAUGUCAAUGUGGUUACAGAGGAACCAACCUCACUGAAGUUCUAUGUGGUCCCAGAGGAACCAACCUACACGAAAGUCAAUGUGGUUACAGAGGAACUAACCUCACUGAAGUUCUAUGUGGUCCCAGAGGAACCAACCUCACACACAAUGUGUGGUUACAGAGGAACCAACCUCACUGAAGUUCUCAGUGGUCCCAGAACCAACCUACACGAAUGUCAAUGUGGUUACAGAGGAACUAACCUCACUGAAGUUCUAUGUGAGGAACUAACCUCACUGAAGUUCUAUGUGGUCCCAGAGGAACCAACCUACACGAAAGUCAAUGGGUUUACAGAGGAACUAACCUCACUGAAGUUCUAUGUGGUCCAGAGGAACCAACCUCACGAAAGUCAAUGUGGUUACAGAGGAACUAACCUCACUGAAGUUCUAUGUGGUCCCAGAGGAACCAACCCACACGAAAGUCAAUGUGUUUACAGAGGAACUAACCUCACUGAAAUUCUUUGUGGUCCCAGAGGAACCAACCUCCCACGAAAGUCAAUGUGGUUACAGAGAACUAACCUCACUGAAGUUCUAUGUGGUCCCAGAGGAACCAACCUCCCACGAAAGUCAAUAUUGGUUACAGAGGAACUAACCUCACUGAGAGUUCCAUGUGGUCCCAGAGGAACCAACCUACACGAAAGUCAAUGUGGUUACAGAGGAACUAACCUCACUGAAGUUCUAUGUGGUCCCAGAGGAACCAACCUCCCCGCAGAGGAUGUCAAUGUGGUCCCAGAGGAACUAACCUCACUGAAGUUCUAUGUGGUCCCAGAUGAACCAACCCACACGAAAGUCAAUGUGGUUACAGAGGAGGAACUGAGGAACCAACCUCCCCGAAACCUAACCUCCACUGAAGUUCUAUGUGGUCCCAGAGGAACCAACCUACACGAAAGUCAAUGUGGUUACAGAGGAACUAACCUCACUGAAGUUCUAUGUGAGGAACCAACCUCCCCGAAAGUCAAUGUGUUUACAGAGGAACUAACCUCACAAGUUCUAUGUGGUCCCAGAGAACCAACCGAAGUCAAUGUGGUUACAGAGGAACUAACCUCACUGAAGUUCUAUGUGGUCCCAGAGGAACCAACCUACACGAAAGUCAAUGUGGUUACAGAGGAACUAACCUCCCCUGGAAAUUCUAUGUGGUCCCAGAGGAACCAACCUCCCCGAAAGUCAAUGUGGUUACAGAGGAACUAA